CCGAUGGUGCACACCUGGUGGAGACGAUGGGCUGUUGGUGACCUCGAGUUGGGAUGGACGAAGUGGCGUCCAUAGCCGAUGCGAGGCCCUUUGCCGAGGUGGUGCCCUGGGUACUGGUCAUCACUUGGUGGAGACGGGGUUCUUUUUUCCGGAAGUGAUCAACUCUACUGCCUUUAUUCUGGCCGAGGAGAUCUCUGGCUGAGAGGCCAUCCCUUCCCCAACUAGGCCGAGGUGGCAUUUUGCUUUAGCUGAGGCUUGCCGAAGGUCCCACCAUCUCUUUGCUUGACUUUUUCCUUUGCUUUAGUAUGUUGGGAGGACCGUGCAGCGUGCAAGUGGUCUGGCCGAUGUGCAGCAACUACGGCCCAGGCUGCUAUUCCUUUCCUUUUGAAUGUACGUAGUACAUUAUAGAUGACAAGAGGGGAUGACUCUUUUCCCAACCGAAGGCAUACUUUGUCUCAUUUAGCUGAGGUGUCAAUUUUUUUUGAGAAUAUGGGAGCUAUGGUGACAUAUGGCCGAAGGACCAAUUUGCUCCUAAUUUUAUUGGAGGUGUAGUGGAUUGGAGGUGUGCACCAUCGGUCAGCGGCAUCAGCUAGCGACAUGAGCCAGACUGCACCGGCCAGCAACUGCGUCGGCCGGCAAUGCACUCUUCCAGCAACCGCAUCGGCCGGCAACACAUCGGCGCACCGCACCUGCUAAAAGGGGGGCACCGCAUCGUCUGGCUUCGCAUCGCCCGGCACCGCAUCGUCCGAUACCACAUCACCCGCACCGCAUCGGCCGACACCACAUCUCCGGCACCGUAUCGGUCGGCACCACAUCGGCCGGCACCGCAUCGGCCGACACCACUUCAGCCGGCACCGCAUCGGCCACAACAGGGCCACCCUGUCAAGCGACCGCAUCGUCCGGACCGAACCGCAUCGGUAAAAACGGGACCACCCUGUCCGGACCGCAACGGCCAGAACACGACGGCCGGAACUCAUCGGCCAAACCGCGGACCAGCAGCCUUGCUCCAUAGCCUAGCAGCGCCUAGCACAGCCGGGUUGGUUCAGGUGGGGACAUCGGGGAUCUCCUCGUCCACAAUGGGCUCCAGCGACGCGAGGUAUCUCCUUGUCUCUGUUUCACGCUCCUCCCUGCGAACGAGCUUCCAGAUGCUAAGGGGAGUGGACUAAUAUAUGGGCCGGCUGUUUAAUCUCAAAGACUCGGGCUUAUUCUCAAAGAAAAGGCCCAAUCAAUUAUAUAUCCCUGCUGGAAUUCUAAGCAGGGCAGGCUUCGGCCCAAAUACAAGUAAGUGCCACAAACUUUUCCUCCUAUUUUACGCUUUUAAUAUGGAGCAAAAUAGUUUUACCACUAUAUAAAAAAUAAAUAUAGUUUUACUACUAUUCCGAAAAAAUAGUUUUACUACUAUUCCAAAGAGAAAAAGAAAAAUAUAGUUUUACUAACUAUUCAAAAGAAAAACAAAAAUAAUAAUAAUAAUAAUAAUUACUACUAUUAUUAUCACCAUUGCUAGCGGAUUAAAAUCCCCAAUUGGUGCGGGCCAAAGCCUUAGCCUUCCGAACAUCUUUAUUUGAUGAUUCGGAUCAUAUUUGGGUCCAUUGACCUACCAUGGUCAUCUUUAUUUGAUGACCCGGGCAUCUAGAAUGAGAGCCAUCAACGGCCGCACACGACAUUAUGCCUAGAAGCGGUACACCUCAUUCCCCUACACGCUAAUUGCGUCAUCCAAAAGCCGUUGCAAUAAACAACGCACCUAAAGCCGUCGCAAUAAACGACGCACCCAAAGCCGUUGCAAUAAACAACGCACUCAAAGCCGUUGCAAUAAACAACGCACCUAAAGCCGUCGCAAUAAACGACGCACCCAAAGCCGUUGCAAUACACAACGCACCUAAGGCCGUUGCGAUCCACAACGCGCCUACAAAGCCGUUGCAAUAAACAACGCACCUAAAUAUCGUAUCGGCACAAGCGGUGAAACACCCAAAUCGGCCGGCGAUAUGCAGGACGAAGGACCUGUGUGCAUGGUCCAACGUCUUCAAACGGAGAAGCAUACCGCGUCGUCCGCGCGGAAACCGCAGGACGACAGGCCUGAAUUAAGGCUGAGGUUACAAAACUCCACCCGUCAGUAAAAUUUCGCUCAGGACCACAAAGGGCGGCCGUCAAAAGACGAUGCCUAGUCCGGUCCCUCGUCGCCGAUAGACGUGGAAAGGCAAAAAAGGAUGCCACUGACACACCAAGCCGAGGGCGUAUUUACUCCCUCGCACUAACACACGCGAAAAGCGUAGCGGACAAAAUACCGCACAUGGACGAAGGGACAGUAACCCUUCGGCCAUCCUAAAAAAAAAAAAAAAAAAAAAAAAGAGGGAAGCCGACGGACCGCGCACUUGCCGGCCUCGAGCAAUAAAAAUAAAUAAAUUCCCCAAACUUAUUAUUCAUCUCAAGACCGGCUCCCAAUGCCGAAGCUCUUGCUCCAUCAUCUCAUGAACGGCCUCCCCAACGCCGUCAUACUUUUAUAUGACGAUCGGCUUCAUCAUCGCCUCGUCAUCAUUAUCCGGAUCGGCUCAUCAUCAUCGCCAUCCGCUCAUCACCACCGGCCCCCCCGGCCUCGGCGUGAUGCUUUAUCUCAAGACCAGCCUCCCCAGUGCCAAGUGUCUUGAGCUAGCGACCGAGCUAGCUAUUCCCUUCCGGGAUAGCAACCGUCGCCUCUAUAUGACGAUCGGCUUCAUCAUUGCCUCGUCAUCAUUAUCCGGAUCGGCUCAUCAUCAUCGCCAUCCGCUCAUCACCACCGGCCCCCCCGGCCUCGGCGUGAUGCUUUAUCUCAAGACCAGCCUCCCCAGUGCCAAGUGUCUUGAGCUAGCGACCGAGCUAGCUAUUCCCUUCCGGGAUAGCAACCGUCGCCUCUAUAUGACGAUCGGCUUCAUCAUUGCCUCGUCAUCAUUAUCCGGAUCGGCUCAUCAUCAUCGCCAUCCGCUCAUCACCACCGGCCCCCCCGGCCUCGGCGUGAUGCUUUAUCUCAAGACCAGCCUCCCCAGUGCCAAGUGUCUUGAGCUAGCGACCGAGCUAGCUAUUCCCUUCCGGGAUAGCAACCGUCGCCUCUAUAUGACGAUCGGCUUCAUCAUUGCCUCGUCAUCAUUAUCCGGAUCGGCUCAUCAUCAUCGCCAUCCGCUCAUCACCACCGGGCCCCCCGGCCUCGGCGUGGUGCUUUAUCUCAAGACCGGCCUCCCCAGCGCCAAGUGUCUUGAGCUAGCGACCGGGCUCGCCAUUCCCCUCCGGGAUGGCGACUAUCGCUUCUACAUGACGAUCGGCUUCAUCAUCGCCUCGUCAUCAUUAUCCGGCUCGGCUCCUCAUCGCCAUCCGCACAUCACGACCGGCCUCCCAGCCUUGGCGUGAUUAUUUCUCCUCAAGACCGGCUUCUCAUUGCCAAGUGUCUUGAGUUGGCAAUCGGGCUCGCCGUCCCUUCCUGGAUGGUGACCGUUGCCUCUACAUGACGAUCGGCUUCAUCAUCGCCUCGUCAUCAUUAUCCGGAUCGGCUCAUCAUCAUCGCCAUCCGCACAUCACGACCGGCCUCCCAGCCUUGGCGUGAUUAUUUCUCCUCAAGACCGGCUUCUCAUUGCCAAGUGUCUUGAGUUGGCAAUCGGGCUCGCCGUCCCUUCCUGGAUGGCGACCGUUGCCUCUAUAUGACGAUCGGCCUUCACAUCGCCUCGUCAUCAUAUGUUGGACCGGCUCAUUAUCGCCGUCGUCCUUACAUCGCGUCCGGCCUCUUGGCUAAGGCGUGAUACCUUAUCUCAAGACCGGUCUUAGUCAUCCCUUCCCGGAUGGCGACCGUUGCUUGGAUCUUCGGAUCGGCUCAUCAUCAUCGCCAUCUGCGCAUCACGAUCGGCCCCCCGGCCUCGACGUGAUGAUCUAGCUCAAGACCGGCUCCCUUAGCGCCAAGUGUCUUGAGCUAGCGACUGGGCUUGCUUUUCCCUUCCGGGAUAGCAACCGUCGCCUCUACAUGACGAUCGGCUCAUCUCCGCCUCGUCAUCAUCAUUAUUCGGAUCGGCUCAUCAUCAUCGCCAUCCGCACAUCACGACCGGCCUCCCAGCCUUGGUGUGAUUAUUCCUUCUCAAGACCGGCUUCUCAUCGCCAAGCGUCUUGAGUUGGCAAUCGGGCUCACCGUCCCUUCCUGGAUGGUGACCGUUGCCUCUACAUGACGAUCGGCCUUAUCAUUGCCUCGUCAUCAUAUCUCGGACAUGCUCCUCAGCAUCUUCGUCCUCACAUCACGAUCAGGCCCUUCGGCCACGACGUAAUGCUUUAUCUCAAGACCGGCUCCCUCAGCGCCGAGUGUCUUGAUCUAGCGAUUGGGCUUGCUAUUCCCUUCCGGGAUAGCAACCGUCGCCUCUACAUGGCGAUUGGCCUAUCAUUGCCUCGUCAUCACACAUUGGACCGGCUUAUCAUAGUCGUCAUCCUCGCAUCGCGGCCGGCCUCUCGGCCAAGGCGCGGUACCUUAUAUCAAGACUGGUCUUAGCCAUUCCUUUACUGGGUGGCGACCAUUGCAUGGAUUUUUGGGUCGGCCCCUCAGUGCCGAUCAUGGCAGGCCCUCGGCCUCGACGUGAUCAUAUUCCCCAAGACCGGUCUCAGUCAUUCCUUCAUCGGAUGGCGACCGUUGCUUGGACGUUUGGCUCAGCCUCAUAGUGCUGACGACCUCGCAUCACGAUCGGCCCCCCGGCCUCGACGUGAUGCCCUAUCUCAACACCGGCUUUAUCAGCGCCAAGUGUGUUGAGCUAGCGACCGGGCUCCCCAUCCCUUCCUGGAUGGUGACCGUCGCCUCUACAUGACGACCGGCUCAUCUCUGCCUUGUCAUCAUUAUUCAGAUCGGCUACCCAUUAUCGCCAUCCUUAUAUCACGACCGCCGCCCCGGCCUCGGCGUGAUGAUCUAUCUCAACACCGGCUUCAUCAGCGCCGAGUGUGUUGAGCUAGCGAUCAGGCUCGCCAUCCCUUCCUGGAUGGUGACUAUCGCCCCUACAUGGCGACCGGCUUAUCAUCGCCUCGUCAUUGUUAUUUUGGAUCGGCUCCUUAUCACGGCCGUCCUCACAUCACGAUCGGCCCCUAGGCCACGAUGUGAUGUCCUAUCUCCGAGACCGGCCUCUCAUUGCCGAAUGUCUUGGGUUAGCGAUCGGGCUCGCCAUCCCCUCCUGGAUGGCGACCGUCGCCUCUAUAUGAUGAUCGGCUCAGCAUUGCCUCGUCAUCGUAUCAUCAGACAGGCGUCCCACGCCCCGUCCUCAUAUUCAGACAGGCGUCCAACGCCUCGUCCUCAUAUUCAGACAGGCGUCCAACGCCUCGUCCUCAUAUUCAGACAGGCGUCCAACGCCUCGUCCGCAUAUAUUCAGACAGGCGCCCAACGCCUCGUCCUCACAUUCAGACAGGCGUCCAACGCCUCGUCCUCAUAUUCAGACAGGCGCCCAGCGCCUCAUCCUCAUAUUCAGACAGACGUCCAACGCCUCGUCCUCAUGUUCGGAUCUAGCAAACAUCUUGCGGUCUCCGGCUCAGAGACUAAAGGAUCUCAGAUCUCAUCUAUAGGCCCCUCGGCCACAUCUUGCUCUAGCAUCUUUAUUUGAUGACGAAGGGCUCUCAUACAGGCCCAUCGGCCAUAUAUCUUGCUCCGUCAUCUUUAUUUGAUAACGAGAAGCUCAUCUAUAGGCCCCUCGGCCAUAUACCGCUCUGUCAUCUUUAUUUGAUGACGAAGAGCUCAUCUACAGGCCCAUCGGCCAUAUACCGCUCUGUCAUCUUUAUUUGAUGACGAAUAGCUCAUCUACAGGCCCAUCGGCGAUAUAUUAUUCUGUCAUCUUUAUUUGAUGACGAAGAGCUCAUCUACAGGCCCAUCGGCCAUAUAUUAUUCUGUCAUCUUUAUUUGAUGACGAAGAGCUCAUCUACAGGCCCAUCAGCCAUAUAUUAUUCUGUCAUCUUUGUUUGAUGACGAAGAGCUCAUCUACAGGCCCAUCAGCCACAUAUCGUCCUGUCAUCUUUAUUUGAUGACGAGGAACUCAUCUAUAGGCCUCUGAGCCAUAUCUCGCCCCGUCGUCUUUAUUUGACGACGUGGAGCUCUUAUGCAGGCCCCUCGGCCAUACAUCGCCCCGUCGUCUUUAUUUGACGAUGUGGAGCUCUUAUCCAGGCCCCUCGGCCACACAUCGCCCCUUCGUCUUUAUUUGACGACGUGGAGCUCUCAUAUAUGCCUCUCGGCCACUACUCCCAGUCAUCUUUAUUUGAUGAUGUGGAGCUCACAUCGGCCCAUCGGCCUCAUAUUCUGGUCAUCUUUAUUUGAUGAACCAGACAUCAUAUUAUGGACGGUCGCUCGACCCAUCCCUUAGUCAUCUUUAUUUGAUGACUAGGACUACUGAUCAUGACGAGCUACCCACAUCUAUGGAUCGGCCUCUGCCAUCCCCUCGGCAGACGGACACCGCUGCAGCUCCACCUCUAGGCCGAAGGGCUCGCACCUUUUGUUUCGUUCUGGGAGCAUCCGAUGUACUCUUUUUCCCUCAUUAGGAUUUUUUCCCACAGGGUUUUUCCUAAUGAGGUUUUUAACGAGGCAUCUCCCCAUUGUGGAUCAAAAGGUGUCAACCCUCGGCCCCCUGUUGCAGACAUCAUCAGACAUGCAUUACUCUACUCCUCUUCACCUCGUGACACUCGCCUCAAGGAGUGGGGGACUGGGAGAGCGGGGGACUUAGCGCCUUCGCUACCAAAGAAGCAGAAAUUCAAAAUUUUUGCAAGGAUUGCCACUCGCACCGACGACAUCAUCAUAUCACAUACAUAUUUAGCUGCCACAUCGGCCAGCACAUAUACAUAGCUCCCCGGCCUUAAGACCGGUAGUGAUGGUCUCUAGCCUGCGACCUUCGGUUGAGGAUUCUCUCACAGGGUUGCCUCAGUCAGGGCUCGCCAAUGGGACCGGAUCAUCGGCAUGGGAAUCCGGGUGAGGCGCUUCGGCGACGACAGCAGUUUACUCACCGGACGACGACAGAUCAGCACACAGUUCUACUCUCUUUCGCCUCGAGUACUCUCGACUCAGAGAGUGGGGGACUCCUGAUAGAGUAUAUAGACUCGGACCCCCGGGUCUCACGACUAUUGGGCCCGGACAGCGGCCCACAUACGCUCAGUAGAUAGCAUUUAUCUCAUUGUACACUCUAUUUUAUUCAUGUAUAUCCAUUAGAAUAGAUUAGAUACCAUUUAUUAGCCAUUUAUUGGCCUUUUAUUGUAACUGGGCCAGCCAGGCCCAAGCCUGGAAGCCCAGCCCUCUUUUCUCCUAUAAAUACUCCCUAUGGGAGCCAUGUAAAGGAUGGUUGAAUGGUUGAUUGGAAAUUCAUUUAUACAUAUCACUUUAUCUCUCUAGCUCUCCC